CAGGGUGGUAGGGGGAGGAGGAAGGGCAGGCUCCCUAGAGGUCCUGAGAGAGGGACUGGGUACAAGCAAAGCGUUUGGUUGCCGAGGGCCGCGAUCUCGUAGCCCCACCCCCAACGUCAUGGGUAAAAUAUAUGUGAAUCAGCUGGCUGGGGAGGAGGCCUUGCUCCAAGGCUCCCUGGAUGCUCUGAAAGCGGCGGAGUACAUGCACAAGUACUCGCAAGGGGUGGAAACUGUCUCGCCAAAGCCCAGAAAGGGAGGAGCACAUAUAAAAUGGUUGGACGGGAUGGAACCUGCCUCCCCUUAGUGCCUGGGAGGAUCUGCACACUAGUUAAUGGGCUGGUUGGGCAGGGCUAGCUAAGCUCGCCAAGGCCCCCGAGGGGUGGGACACAUCUGGGGCGGGGCAAGACCAGGUUCCUAGGGAAAAUCAGAGGCCGGCUACAUGUAAAUAAGCUGGGCAGGGCCGGGAGCGCCGGAGCCAGUGGGACACUCCGAGGUCGGGCCUAGGCUAUCGGCCUCCCUCUAGGUGCGGCAGGCGGGGCUCCGGGCGUCACAGUUGGGGCUCAGCGCGGUGGACCGAGGCUGCCCAGGGUGCCGCGGUACCAUGGAGGCCGCGGCCGAUUCCUCCGAGGGCCCCCCGGCCUGCCGCUUCUUCCUAGAGGGCCGCUGUCGCUUCGGCGCGCGUUGCCGCCAGCCACACCCCGGGGCCCCAGCGCCAAGCCCCGAGGUCGCGCGGCCCGAGGCUGGGUCCAAGAAGCCGGCGCUGCGUACUGCCGCUGACGUCAUCCAGCGCAUCCGCUGGGACCCGCGCCUGGACCCCGCCGACUUUUCGGUGGGCUACACCGACCGCUUCCUGGGCGUGCAGGAAGAGCCCUUCUGCGCCUUCUGCUGGGACGAACCGCUGGCAGCGCUCGGGCCCGGCGUGUUGGCCGUCCCGCAGCACCGCAUCCGCUACUUCCGCUUCCGAGGCCGCCUAGUGUGGGACCGUGCCUCUCGUACUGACCUCAUUUUUGGCUCGGGUUCUGUGACUGGACGUGGACCCACCAUCCUGGACGCGCUGGACGGCGGGGACGAGUACUGGCCAGAGGUUGCACUAGAAAUCCCUGACACCGAGAAGACAGAGGCAGCUUCCGAGGUUCAAGACACCCAGGAUGCUUCUAGGGAAGAGGAUGGAAACGCGGCAAGAACUGGGCUUGGUUCGGGCUUGGAGACACCCAAAGAGGGUGGGGCAACCAAAGAGAGCAGAACUGGGCUUGAUUCGGGCCUGGAGACACCCAAAGAGGGUGGGGCAACCAGAGAGACCGUCCUGAAUAGGACGGCAGAGUCAGGAACACCAGACCCAAGGGAGUGCUUCACAGGAGUAAAGGAGAUCUUGGACUCACUAGAGGCACCUGGAGCCACACUGCUUCCACGGUGGCAGGCACAGGCCAUGGAAGCUCCAGGGCUUUCUGCUGAACAGAUGGAAAGUGAGUGGGAUCAAGGGGCUUGGCCUGAUGAAAGGAACACCCCUCGCCAGCCCCGGCCCACACACUUUGUGGCAAUGAUGGUAACAGAGCCUGGGCUGAGGGCGGAAGUGGUCAAGGCCCAAGAGCAUCUGGUCCGGAUUGCCCCUUCUUGUGCGGCUUUUCUUGUACCUGCGCAGGCCCUGCACCUGACAAUGGCCUUGCUGAGGCUGACAGGCCCUGGGGAGGAGGCCGCAGCAGCUGGGGCUCUGCGGAGGGCCCUCUUGAAACCAGGGCUUCAGGCACCCUCUGAGCUGCAGUUCAAGGACUUGGUUCUUCUGGGCCACCAUGUGCUCUGUGCCACACCCUCCCCCACGCUGGCAGGCAUGGCCCAAACUCUGAAUCAGAGGCUAGAGGCUGAAGGGCUGAGAGUCGUGCAGCCCCCAGGGGGACUACAGCCACACCUCACCCUGGCCAAGGUGCCACACGGAUCCCAGGUUUGCAUCCCUGAGCCUGGGUCAAUCCUGAACCAGGAGCUGGGGAGGCAGCCCCUAGGGAAACUCUGGCUGUGCCGUAUGGGCAGAGCAGGGCAUAGCUACCUGCCCGUGGCUGAGAUUCCCCUAAAGUGACCAAGGUUCCAAACUUUGAAGAAACAAGCCAAAUAGAAACAAGUUCUCUCUC